AUGGGUCACGAAGACGCCGUCUACCUUGCCAAGCUCGCCGAGCAGGCUGAGCGAUAUGAGGAGAUGGUUGAGAACAUGAAGAUUGUCGCCGGUGAGGAUCGAGAUCUCACUGUCGAGGAGCGAAACCUUCUCUCCGUUGCCUACAAGAACGUCAUUGGCGCCCGCCGUGCCUCCUGGCGCAUAGUCACCUCUAUCGAGCAGAAGGAGGAGUCAAAGGGCAACUCUUCUCAGGUUACCCUUAUCAAGGAGUACCGACAGAAGAUUGAGGCCGAGCUUGCCAAAAUCUGCGACGACAUUCUCGAGGUUCUCGACCAGCACCUUAUUCCCUCUGCUAAAUCUGGCGAGUCCAAGGUUUUCUACCACAAGAUGAAGGGUGACUACCACCGUUACCUUGCUGAGUUCGCCAUCGGUGACCGCCGCAAGGACUCUGCCGACAAGUCCCUCGAGGCCUACAAGGCUGCUACUGAGGUUGCCCAGACUGAGCUUCCUCCCACCCACCCUAUCCGCCUGGGUCUUGCCCUUAACUUUUCAGUUUUCUACUACGAAAUCCUCAACGCCCCUGACCAGGCUUGCCACUUGGCCAAGCAGGCAUUUGACGACGCUAUUGCCGAGCUCGAUACCUUGAGUGAGGAGAGCUACAAGGACUCUACACUGAUUAUGCAACUGCUCCGGGACAAUCUUACCCUCUGGACCUCCUCUGAGGCCGAGACCUCCGCUGCUGGUCAGGCCGAGGCUCCCAAGGAGGACGCACCUGCGGCCGCUACCGAGGAGCCAGCCGCCCCGGCCGAGGAGCCUAAGGCCGAGUAG